UAAAAAUCCAAAAUUACAUGAAAACAGAGUUUAUAAUGACCCUUUCUUCAUCUGAUUCAGUUGAAUCAGAUGAAGAAAGGGUCUCUGAUUAUCCUGAUUCUGAAUUUACAGAAAAAAAUUCAGAUUUUUAUUUAAAUAAAAUCAAAAAAGCAGAAAAAAUAAAUCCAUCAUUUAUAUUUCAUGUAGAAGAAGAAGGAUACCAAGAUUCAGCAGAUUAUGAAGAUUAUGAUAUAGAAAAAGAAGAUAUUGUUGCACGUUCAUACAAAAGAGGAGUAAAUAUUGAAAAAAUUAUUCAAAGACAAUCGAUCAAAACUAAAGAUAAAAGCAAUGAAACACAAAAACAGGAAGAGUUUUCAAAUGAAAAUGAGGAAGAUAGUGCAUGUGAAUUUAAAAAAGAUGAAAAUCUAGAAUCUUUCAAUGAAGCAUCAGAAAAUGAACAGCUUUCAUAUUCAGAUUCAGAAAUGACAGAAGAAGAGACUAUAGAAGAAAUAAAGAAAAAGAAACGUUUUUUUGAGAAAAAUGACAUAAAUAUGCAAGAACAUGUUUUAUCAUUUUCACAGCUUAAUUUAUCACGCCCUAUUUUAAAAGCACUUGAAUCAAUUGGCUUUGAUAAACCAACAACUAUUCAAUCAAAAGCAAUCCCAAUAGCACUUUUGGGGAAGGACAUAGUAGGAAGUGCUGUAACAGGGAGUGGAAAAACAGCAGCAUUUGUAAUACCUGUUCUUGAAAGAUUACUUUAUCGGCCAAAAAAGAUUGCAGUUACGAGAGUACUUAUUCUUUGCCCAACAAGAGAAUUAGCUAUUCAGUGUUACAAUGUAACAAAAAAGUUGGCAACAUAUACUGACAUCAAAACAUGUAUAUGUACUGGAGGAUUAUCUUUAAAAAUUCAAGAAGCUGAGCUACGAAAGCGACCAGACAUUGUUAUUGCUACACCUGGAAGAUUUAUUGAUCAUGUUAGAAAUUCAUAUGGAUUUUCCCCAAAUAGUAUAGAAAUUAUAGUCAUUGAUGAAGCAGAUAGGAUACUUGAUGAAGGAUUUCAAGAUGAGUUAAAUGAAAUAAUAAAAAUAUGCCCAAAAUCUAGGCAAACUAUCUUAUUUUCUGCAACAAUGACAGAUAAAGUUGAUCAACUCAUUAGACUUUCACUUAAUAAACCUGUCCGAUUAUUUGUUGAUCCAAAAAAUUCUACAGUAAAAUCUCUCAUUCAAGAAUUUAUACGUAUUAGAUCACACAAAGAGCAUCUUCGUACGGCUAUACUGCUUUAUCUUUGCUCUGAUGUUUUUAAAACAAAAACAAUAAUAUUUUUUGAUAGCAAAUCAUUUGCUCAUAAAAUAAGAAUAAUUUUUGGUUUAUUACAUUUAAAUGCUCGAGAAUUACAUGGAAAUUUAUCACAGGAACAGAGAAUCGAAUCAUUAGAAUUAUUUAGACGAGGAAGAACAAACUUCUUACUCGCAACCGAUUUAGCGUCUCGUGGCCUUGAUAUAAAAGGUGUAAAAUAUAUAAUUAAUUAUGAAGCACCUAGCUCGUUCAAUAUAUAUCUUCAUAGAAUUGGUCGUACAGCACGCGGAGGGUGUGAUGGAGUCGCUGUUACUUUAAUAGGAGAAGGAGACAGAAGAAUAAUGAAAAUGGCUACAAAAAUUGCAGAGAAACACGGUAAUAUAAUACGAAACAGAACUUUUCCUCCUAAUUUAAUAAAUACUUAUAAUACUAAAUUACAAAACUUAGAAAAUGCAGUGCAAAAUGUUUUGAAGGAAGAAAAAGAAGAAAAAGAAUUACUUCAAGCAGAAAUGGAAUUACAAAAAAGUAAAAACCUUAUAAAGCAUGAAAAAGAAAUAAAGUCAAGAUUACCAAGAACAUGGUUUUAUACAUAA